UUGGGAUUCAGCCUGAAAUUUCCCAUCAGGCCACGGGAGCUAGAUUUAUAGCCAUUGGUUUAGCCGAGGCAGCUGACAGAGAGCGAGAGCGAGAGAGAGAUUCAUAGCGACAGGGUUGUGAGAGGUGAAAUGUGCUCUUUUGUUAACUUGCGCAACUUUCCCCCAAUUUAAUUACUGGUGUUCGAGUAAACGGAGAUUCAGUGAUGGAGUGUACAGUGUUAAAUCUCCCACAGCACCUGUAAUCAGCGGUAGACUGUUAGACUUCAGUGCACUAGCCGCUGUGCCUAGUCUCACUGUAUGACCAUGACAACGGCGUCGGUAACGGUAACCGCACAGCAAAUCAGAGACCGGCUGCUUCAGGCGACUGACGCUCACUGCAACAUCAGCAACAUGGUGGCUGUAUUGGAUGUGAUAUCCAUCCUAGAGAAGUACCCCAUCACAAAGGAAGCACUUGAGGAAACCCGGCUUGGGAAGUUGAUAAAUGACUUGAGGAAGAAGACCAGAGAUGAGGAUCUGGCAAAGCGUGCAAAGAAGCUUCUGCGUAACUGGCAGAAGCUGAUUGACCCACAUCAACCAGAAAUACUGCCAAAGGAACUUUCAAGCACUUUAAACUCUGUUAUGGGAUCCAACCGGUCUCAGCCAUUGCCUGGUUCUAGAUCUCCUCAGAGUGCAACAGAUAAUGACAAGAAACCUGUUUUACACAGUGUCCGCUCUUCAAGCACUGAAAAGUUCUACCCUAUGACACACACUGGUAAGCAAAUAGUGGAAAAGAACUUGCCAACAUUAAAGGGCACAAAGAGAUCUGCACUGUCAACAGCCAGCGGAAGCAGUGGUGGUCCAGAUGAUCUUCAAAUACACUCCAGUGCCAUCAAACCUCACUUUAGUUCUCCUGAACUCAAUAAAGAACCCACUGCGUCUGCAGUCCUCAGAAAAUCAGUAUUACAACAGCAGGGACAAAGGGACAUAACUGCUGUUGAGAAAGUGAAGCACAAAUCACACAGUCACUACACCAACCCGAGUCCUAGAUCAGUAAAGCAGUUAGUACCAAGCAAGCAGCCAACAUCAAUUUCUGCCACUGACUCUGAGGCUCUUUCUGCACUGCCAUUACACUCUUCCAUCCAAGGUAUGCACACUGAGUGUCAUCAGUCAAAAGACCCGUCACAGCCGGAGAACGAAUCACUCCUAAACAGUGAGAAGACACUCGAACAAACCAAUAACCUGCAAAACAAGUCUAAAGCAAGGCCUCAGCCAGGCUUACUCAGCGAGGUUACCAAUAUGGAAACGGAAAAAGAUAUCAAACCCUCAGAUGGCAAGAGGAGAAAGCCUCAGUUUAGAGACUACUCCAUCAAUGUGGAAGGACGGUCAACAGAUGACAUGUGUAAGCCUGCUCGAGUAAAAAAUCGUAAAUUAACCUUUGAUCCCCUCACGCAACAAAUCAGACCUUCAGCAGUGAAUCAGAGUGAGGAGCAGCACAGUUCAGUGGUGGAUGUUAAUGAGCCAGCGAACCUGAAGCAAAGCCCUUCUGCAUCUUCACCCAAUGCUUUGCACAAGAUGAACUGGAAAGAUAUGUCGCAAAAUCAAAUAGUCAAAUAUUACCUGAACCUCCAAAACAAUUUGUUAAAAACGUCCGGAAGUCAAGUCCCAGGGGCGCACUUUUUUAUGACCGAGCAUGUGAAAUGUGAGGAAGACAACAUGAGGGAGGCCAGUAAAACCUAUGUCCAGGUGCCAAAUGUUUCGGAGUCUAAUUUGCCAGGGAUAGACCGAGAUAUCACAACAGAUGACGUCCACAAAAUAAACAAUAAGCACUGGCCUGGGGUUAACGGCUGUUAUGACAGCAAAGGCCAUUGGUACGGCUGGACCGAAUGCAUAUCUUUAGACACGUAUGGAGAUGGAAGUAAACUUAAUAUUUUGCCAUAUGUUUGCAUGGACUAAAAACAGUUCUAUAAAUAAAAUUGCGUCUCUGGAUCUCGUAUGGUCUUUUACGCCUGUUCCAGAUAUGUGUUCGUGUAAUAACUGCUUUAUAAUAUUUUGUAUCUAUUUAUAACAUUUUGUUCUGUUUGUUUUGGAUGAUAAGAGGAAAAUAAAAAAGAGUAUAGCAAGA